AUGGUCUUCGGAAGCAAGAUCAUUGUUGAGGCUAAUCUGUUUAAUAGCGAGCACAUUGAUGGCGCCGGGUCCUUCGAUUACAUACAGUGUGAGCCUGGUGCGAAGCCGCAAAUACUGAAGCACAACGUUCGCGAUCUUGUAAGGAAGCUUCAGGUAGACGAUCCAUACACUUUCGGCUUAUUAAAGUGCAAGGGCUUCGUCGCGGAAACAGUCCCAGCGGGAUAUGCAGAACUUCUCUCGCUGACGCUAGUCUUUAGAGAGCCUCCGGGCCCUAGAAGCCUGCGAGAGAUUUUGCUCAAUACACCGACAUCCACAUCAACUACACGGCGGCUCGAAAUCACACGAGAUCUGGCCAGGCAUCCACCUCGACAAGGUUUCAGUCCUCACGACGACUACGAGAUGCACCACUAUAUAUACAGUUUGGGCGUAUGCUUAUUGGAAAUUGGUCUCUGGGGUAGCUUCGUCGAAUACGAUCCUACAACCGGGGCGCAUAGCCUUUCGCAACUGCUCACGGCCAGGUCUGAGAAAGAUAAAGAUCUUUUCGUCGCUCUCGCUCAAUGUCCCCUGCCAGGAAGCAUGGGCGAUACGUAUGCAGAGAUUGUAGAGACCUGUUUGACGUGUCUUGAUCCAGGUAAUGUUGAUUCUGGAGAUGAAAAGGCGUUUGAAGACGAAGACGGAAUCCUUGUUGGAGUUCGCUACAUUGAGAAGGUUCUUCUUCGUCUAGGAAAGCCGAUUAUGUAGCCUGUUAAGGUUGAGGUGACAUCGAGAGGCUUUCCGCUUUGGGAAGGUAUUCUGAAGCCCUUCAGAGGGCAUGCUGCAAUAGGAAACCGAGUGACUACCACCAGACCAUCGGCCUUUACGUAGUGUUUUAGGCUAGAUAAAUCUUGGUGAUUUUCCGGCUAUCGCUUAGGAAUCACGGACCCUGUUAUUUGAUUUUCAGCACGACUUUCUCAAUAAGACACUUAUAUGUUUGCCUUU